AUGACCCUGGCCGAGACGAAGAAGUCGGCCGCCGGAGAGCAGAAGGAGAAGAGAGGAGUGCUCACCGGCCUCCACGGCUUCUCAGGAUCCUACGGCAGCGGCGGAGGCGGCUACUCCUUGGGCUCCCACGGGAUAGGCCUUUCCUCAGGCUCCUAUGGAGGUAGUUACGGAUAUGGAGGCGGUUAUGGCGGCGGCUACGGAGGCGGCUAUGGAGGCGGCUAUGGAGGCGGCUAUGGAGGCGGUUUGGGAGGUGGAUUAGGAAGCGGACUUGGAGGAGGACUGGGAGGAGGACUUGGAGGAGGAUUUGGAGGCGGCAUCGCGAUCUCGCAGACCCCGACCACAGUGAACACCAUCAACACCGCGGUCGCAGUGCCGGUGCCGCAGCCGUACCCGGUCACCGUCAACCGUCCCGUGCCAGUGCCAGUGCCACAACCGGUUCCAGUGUCUGUCCCCCGACCAGUUCCAGUUCCAGUUCCACAACCUGUACCUGUUACAAUAAACAGGCCAGUGCCAGUCACCGUUAACCGUCCAGUCCCUGUCCCAGUGCCCCAGCCCGUUCCCGUCUCUGUCCCACAACCCAUUCCAGUGUCCGUCCCUCAACCUUACCCCGUCACAGUGACUAGGCCAGUUCCAGUUCCACAGCCGGUGCCCGUUGUGGUUCCACAAGUUGUACCUGUUUCUAUCGGAGGAGGUGGUGCUGGACUCGGAGGUCUUGGCGGAGGUCUUGGAGGUGGUCUCGGAGGCGGACUCGGUGGAGGUCUGGGAGGUGGAUACGGAGGAAGCUAUGGUGGUGGAUACGGAAGCAGCUACGGUGGUGGAUACGGAAGCAGCUACGGUGGUGGAUACGGAAGCAGCUACGGUGGUAGUUUGAGUGGUCAUGGAAUCAGUCUUGGAAGUGGACUGAGUGGUCACGGCCUCAGCCUCUCCAGCGGCCACUACGGGUCUUCCGGACUGAGCUCCCUGUCUCACGGCAGUGGAUCCUCGUACUCCAGCAGCUACCACCACUGAGUUGUGGUACAUGACUGAUCGAAAGAGUUCUCUUUGAUAUACAUCAUCGCAUCCAUUUUGAUUACAUCUUCAUCUUUCAUUCAUCAGUAUUAUCUUCAUUACAUCAUCA